AUGAAGAACAGGAGAACGAGGGAAGGAGGAGUAGAAAAACAGGAGAACGAGGGAAGGAGGAGUAGAAAAACAGGAGAACGAGGGAAGGAUGAAAGGAAGAACAGGAGAAUGAGGGAAGAAAGAAAAGGAGAACGAGGGAGGGAGGAAAGGAAGAACAGGAGAACGAGGGAAGGAGGAAAUGAAGAACAGGAGAACGAGGGAAGGAUGAAAGGAAGAAUAGGAGAACGAGGGAAGAAAGGAAAGGAGAACGAGGGAGGGAGGAAAGGAAGAACAGGAGAACGAAGGGAGGAUGAAAGGAAGAACAGGAGAACGAG